GUAGCGUAGCUCGAGAGAGUCUCUCGGGAGACUGGAUUAGCCACACGUUGUGGUGAACCAGUAUAAAUCUUGGUGUGCCUUCUUCUCUCUUUUAUUUCCGCUUUAUAUUCCUUUAAAAUUUUAAUUCCUGCGAUUUUAUUGAUCAAACGCUAUUCACCCUCUCUCUAGCGUUGGUCCUUUAUUCUAACAAUUGGUAUCAGAGCCUAACUCGCGUCCAAACUUAACCGUUUGAGAGUAAAAGCGAUCAUGGGUUCUACUUCCAAAAAUUUGUAUGCAGGAAUCGGAGAAGGCCAAUCCACUUCUAGGCCACCAUUGUUUGAUGGCACCAACUACACGUAUUGGAAAGAGCGGAUGAGAAUCUAUAUCCGCUCUACCAACUUCAAAUUAUGGUUGGUCAUCAAAAAUGGCGAAGAAACGCCUAUGAAGAAAGUGGGAGAAACACUUGUUCCCAAAAGCGAAGAUGAAUUUGAUGCCGAGGACAUCAAGAAGAUUGAGAACUACGCAAAAGCAAUCAAUAUGCUUUAUUGCGCAGUGAAUCCCGACGACUACCGCAAGAUCUCUUGUUGCACAACCGCAAAAGAGAUGUGGGAUAAGCUUGAAGUCACGUACGAAGGUACGGAUCAGGUACGUGAAGCUAAAAUCGAUUUUCUUACGCAGGAAUACGAGCUUUUCAGGAUGAAAGAGGGCGAGAAGAUCGAUGAGAUGUUUGAACGCUUCUCCAAGAUCAUCAAUGAUCUUCAUGCUCUCAAGAAGACAUACACCAACAAGGAUUUAGUACGAAAAAUCCUGCGUAGCCUCACUCCCGAAUGGAGAUCCAAGGCGGAUGCGAUCUACGAAUCCAUUGGAAUCUCAAACGUAACCAUUGACGGGUUAAGAGGUAAUCUUAAAACUUAUGAGUCAACUAUUCUAACCCCUUCUUUAAGUGAUCAAAAGAAAAAGGGGAUUGCUCUAAAAGCAACCAAGGAAACGGUUGAAGAGGAAUCACUUGAUGACAAUAGCGAGUUCGGACUCGUCAUCAAGAAAUUCCACAAAUUCAUGAGAAAGGAAUUUGACCUAUUUGCCGAAGAUAAUACUCGCUUGGCGAGGAAGGAAAUCUGUGAUGAACUUGCAGGUGAACUGGAGAGAAUUUACCUUGAAGAUGACGAAGAAGAAAAGGAAACAAGCAAACAACCAUCUUCACAGCAGCCAACCGAGGAACAACAACUUGAAGAACACGAGGAAGAUGAUACUAGCGCAAGAGAACAAGAAGACCAGCUAACCAUUCAUAGCGAACUAGGAAUCCUUGACUCUACCUUGAUCUAAUAUGUGCAUUUUAUCUAUCAUUCAUUAAAUCAUUACUAACUUG